UUGUUUAUCGCCUUGGUGAACGGAGCGAGAGCAGUCAGUGCGCGCAGUGCUACGCUCGGUGCGUUACACUCGGCGGCGGUACGGGAAGCGCGCGCGAUCGGGUAGCUUCUGUCGGGCAAGAAAUUCGGCCGCGUCUUUCUCCAUCUGUCUCUUCCUCGUUACUUCUCUCUCCGGUUAGCCGUGUAAUAAUCGCGAGUGCGGGCUCGUCGUGUCUCUCGUUCUCUCUACGCACAUGUCAGCGAAUAUCUGAUCAUCUCGCCGAGGAGCAGCCAAGAGAGCAGCCUGCCGUGUCGUGUCGGAAGAAGAAUAUGUCGCCAGACACCGCUAAGAGAUAGUCGAAGGCCUGCCGCCGUGUUAUCGUCGUGUUAUUGUCGUGUUAUCGCGUAACAUCGCGUGUCGAUUCGUUGACGUCCACGUGAUUCUUGCCCCUGUGGCGAAGUUAUCGUUCCUCUUGGAAAUCCUUGGCUACGGCUGCACAUCGGGAUAAGACAAGCGAGCGCCCACUGCCACCAUCGUCCGCCCGUCUCUCGGUGGCCACGCCGUUUCGUCGACGACAACGACGACGACAACGACGACGACGACGACGAGGGAAAUUUGCGAGGCGCAGUGCGUCGUCUCUCGUGAUCCGCGCGUGGAUCCGCACGACUUGAUCGGUUACGUGUGUAUGACGUCGCGUCCGUCUGUCACUCGACCUUCGGCUCCGAUGUGAGACUCGCGAGUUCCGUAAACUUGGAGGAUCAUCGAGCUCGUUAUUACGCGUCUUUCCGCGAAAUCUCGUUCGAACGAACGUAAGUGCUCGCUCGCCACGACGCCGCGCGUCUCAUUGGCAGUGUCGAAGUCGCCGUCUGUGACUGCUACAACCGCAGGGACUCGUCGUCCGCGUCUUCCGCGACAUGAUCCUCAGAGUGACAUUGUUGGUGUGCGCGCUGCUGUUGGUCGGUGCGAGAUCCGAACCGAGACCCCGAUCGCGACCGGUGCCCAUCUAUUCGAAUCAGUUCGCCGUUUACGUGCCUGCCGGGCAGGAGGCUGCGGACGAGAUCGCCCAGGAGCAUGGCUUCGACAAUCAUGGACAGAUCGGCGCGCUCAAGAAUUAUUACCUCUUCUCCCACAAGCGACUGCACAAGAGGUCCCUCACCAUCAGCGAGACGCAUCACAAGGCGCUGAAGGAUGAGCCGCGGGUAAGUAAUCGACGCUUUCUCAUUUUCUCAUUGUGCUACACUGAGGGAAAAAUUAUCUUAAAAUCAACAAAUAUUUUUUUGACGGGUAACAUAUUUAUUUAAAUCUAAGUUCUCUUUAUUUAAAUCAAAUAUUGUUUACUUGAUUUAAGUAAACAAUAUUUGGUUUAAAUAAAGAGAAUUUAGAUUUAAAUAAAUAUGUUACUCAUCAAAGAGAGAGAGAGAGAAAUAUUUGUUGAUUUUAAAAUAAUUUUUCCCUCAGUGUAGAUACUAAUUACACUGUUCGACACUAUUUCGACACUACCCAUCACAGUUUCGAGCAAAAUGUAACAAGGAUCGAAAAGGAUUUUAAGGGAUUUCAUGAUGUUGUAGCAGCGUGACAGGAAUUCUUUUUCUUUUUUUUUUUUCAUCAAUAUUAAAACGAAAUUUCUAUAUUUUCUUUUUGCUUUUAUUUAAUAUUUCCUGAUUAUAUUAUAUAAAUAUAAACAACUUUGCACACUUUACAACAAACUCAAGCACAAAUUUAGAGUUUAUAUUUUCACGUCAUUGAUAAAAUUUAAGAAAAAUUAUUUCUGUCGUUACUGCAACACGAAAUCCCUCUAAAUCGUUAAUUUUGCCUCUUUCACCUAAUUUUUCCGAAACUGUGAUGUUAUAAAACUGUAAUAGCCAAAUUUGGACAAUAAAUUCCUGUUUAGCGGCUCGGACUAUUUGCACUUGUAUGGCAAAAACAAUCGAAAUUUGUCGAGCAGUAUUAUCGGACGUACACAGCGUUCACGAGAGCAUGCCUCUCACUUCGCGUCCAGAAAGUUUUGAAAGUCGAAAUCAAAGAACUGAUUUUGGAGGAAAAUUACUCGUCAGAUUAAUGUGGCAAGCGCGAAAUAACAAAAGGUACACUCGGCAAGCGCAAGCGGGCGACAAUGCGGAGAUAAUUUUUGCCGAAUAAUGCAACAGUAAUGAUAUAUCAAUAAUAUGCUGUACCGCGCGACUGGAAUAUAUUUAUACUACAAAACUGAAACUGUAUAUAUAUAUAUUCGGUAAUUGUAACAGCUCGAUCGAAUACACGCUUUUGGUCUUACAUUAUCAAAAUGUGCCACACGCGCAAAAGUAGUUCCCUACGCGAGAUAUCAAGUCGGAAACAUUAAUCAGUUCGGUUCCUACAUUAAUUAACUUCUUCAGGGACGAGUUUUUUUUUGAGAAAUCUGAAGAAGAAAAUUUUACUUUUAAGUGGAAACUAUCAAGCAUACACACACAUACACGCAUAUAUACAUAUGAUAAGAUUUCUCUCUUAGAAUUUUGUGACGAAUAUUUAUUCAUAGUAAUGUUCAUUAUAUGCUUGUGUGUCGACAAUUUUGAAAUUAGAAAAAAAUAAUGAACGUAUCCAAACGUACACACAUAUGCCAGUAAACCUGAGAAGAUUAAAAACGAAAUUAAAAGCAAAAAUCUCUGUAAAAAAAAAUAUUAUUCUGGUACAACACAAUAUUCUAUUUGUUGACUAUAAAUAUUAUUCUGGUAUAACACAAUAUUCUAUUUGUUACUUUUGCGAACUUGGCACACCAUAUUUCAAAAUGUGCCAUUUUUUUUGCA